UUUAUAAGAUUUACUGUAUAUCUAUUCCAUAUGGGUUAGUACCAUUUAUAAAAUGAUUUCCAUGUUUUAUGCAGUAUGACUUGAAACUAGAGAUUCUAGCCCAGAAAAAUCAUCAGGGAUAUGUUCAUGCAGGUCAUACAAUAGAGAGCUAAAGGUCGUUCUAUACAGCUGGAUUUGGGUUUUUUUGCGACCCGGGGAAUUGCAUCCAGCUGGGUAUUAAAUACAAUACUGUUAAUAUUGUGAAUUGAAUGAAAUUAGCCAAUUCAUUUAUUUUGCAUUAGCUCAAAAAGAAUCUGUACAGCCAUGAAGAGCAGCCAAAGCAGAAACAUAGAUGCGUUCUGUCUUCUGACACUCCCUUCAAGCACAGCGUUAUGUCCAAAUUCCUCGACGACAUUAAUCCGUAUCAGGAUAGCGUCACACGGUUGGUGCAGACUUGUCAGGUGCAUCCGUACGUGAAUCAUAGAAUCAUACAUGUGGUGACUAUGGUCACCAAAUUUUUGUCAUUUAAUUUUUUUGUAAUUGUUCAUUUAGUUUAGCAUGAAUCCCCUUGAAAAAGAAUAGUUUUUCCGUUUUUGUUUUUCAUGUUUUUUGAAGAAAAAAAAAAGCUUGCCAAAAAAUACUUAAACUUUAAAAAUGUAUGUUGUUCUUUGUCCUUCCAGUGGGCCAGAUUAGAGUCUUUGCUGGGCUGAUUAUGCCAUAUUUGACACCCCUGCUGUAUACCAUAGAGAUGGCUGUGUGGGGAAAAUCUUAGUAGAUCAGCAGUUUCUGAAAUACUCCGUCACCAACACAUCUGGCACCAACAACCAUCCCAAAUUCAGAGUUACGUGAAUUGCUACCAUGUUACUGAUUGAUUAGAUAUUUGUGUUAACAAGCAGUCAAACAGGUGUACCUAACAAAGUGACAGUGACUGUAUAAGGGCUUUGACUUGACCACUGUUCAGGCAAAUUAGCUCGGCUGACUCCAGUCAGUUCACUGUUGAGAUUUUGCAGAUCAUUGUCAUUUUGUAGAAUUUGAAACCGCUGCAGCUGUGCUGUGAUCACCGUUUCACACAUCAAAGACUGUGUAGCAAGGGAAAAAAUUAAAAGGCUGUAAAUUGACUUCAGUGUGGUGUGACUCGUGUCUGUUUGUGUCAGCAAUUAAGUCACUUCAGUUUACAUUUUUAAUGUUGCCUCCACGUGUUCUGGCCUGAAAAAUACAGAAUUGGGAAAAAGAAGUGGUUUCAGUGGAAGUAGAGAGUCUGCUGAGACUGACUGCACAUCCAGAUGAACAGAAUCAACCUUUUGGGUCAUUACUGUUUAUUGUACCUUUCUAGCUACUCUUAAAUCUGCUACAUUGGAUUGGUUGCGCUGAACAAGUCCCUGAUGUGAAAUGUGCCCUAGCCAUUAUCCUUACUUGACCUUGUUAUUUAGCACCAGACCUCGCUGAAAAUGGAAAGAAAGUCUGAAUACUGGGUCUUAAUUUCUCAGUUAAAGAAAAAAAGGAGGGGUGGCACCAUAUAUAAAGGAUGGAUUUAACCUCCGGAUACACAAUAUGAACCCAAUGAAUGCCGUAAAUGGGGAAAAUGACCCUAUUUGUCGCAUGAUUUAUGGCCUCUGUAAACAUUUCUUCUAAUGACUUUAUAGCCUGAGUCAGAAGUUUCAAGUUCUCUUUAAUACUUCAGUAAGAUGAUGUUCAUUUGGUAAAUGAUGCUCCCAUUAUAGUCUAAUGGACAAUAGAACAGGGAGUGCUUUAGGAUGAGGUUAUUUUGUGAUUGACAAAGUACUGCUAUUAUAGUCAUACAAUGUUCCUGGAGUUAUAAUUCAGGUCCACCCCUCACCCAGCAUGUCCAGUCUUGUGAAAAAAAACCAAUGCCAAACCUGAGGCUUUAAAAUAGCCGCCCACUAGCCAGUGUGUCACGCCACAGUGACGGCCAUCCAUCUCUUAAAUAGUCUAUGGUUGUUAGUUAGAGAGAGACAUAACAGAAGACACCGUCAGCAACUUGGGGUUUUUCCAUGUCUGGUAUUGCAUCAGUGUUUCCUUGUGUGUUUUUAGUAGUUUGCGACUUGAAUGUAAACUUAGGACAGGUGAGUUAAAAUGACCGAAAUCUGCUCUGAUAUUUAGUAGUUUCAGUACAACAGAAUGGAGACUAGCGGGGGACUGUUGUGACAUGAGUGCAAAUGAACUGGGCGAAUAAUAUAAAUCCAUUUCCUUCACUUCCACUGUAUUUAUUUUAGUUUUGUUGUUACAGCCAUUUUAUUUGAUCUUGAAUGCAUUUGUUGUUUUUUAUUUUAAAAAGUUGUGAAACUCUUGUUUAAAUGAUCAAUUGGGCUGCCUCCAUAGAAAUUCCGUCUGUUUUUAUUUAAAGGCCUCACUUAACUUGUGCAUUUUUUAUAGAUGUACUCGAGGCUGGUGCAACACACAUCUGACUUACUUGUUAAUAAUUUGUUUUAAGAAACUGCCAUGGUUUGUUUCUUUUCCCCUAAAGCCUAAAUGAGCAUUUAAGUUUUUGUCAAGUCAAAAAUUACAUUGAGUUUACUUGAAAAAUGAUAAACUGUCCAUGUUAAAAAGCUGAAGAUGUGUAUUUCUGGCAUUCUGUGUGUUCUCGCAUGCAGGGGUCAGAAAUCACCCAACAGCUAUUUUUAUACAGCAGGUGGGGGGACCCCUGAGGCAUGCCUACAGUGGAAAUUUACCUGCCCCCCAAUGUCUGUGUCUGGGGAUUUAAGAUUGGCACGUGACAGAUAAGAGCAGUGAUCCUCCUCCCGUGUCUGUGCACUCACACAGAGAGUAUGCACCACGGUGCGUUUGCAUGUGCUAAACUCUGCUAAGCCUCGGCCGUGGAGAAGAAGAGCACAUUUCCUCUUUCCAGAAAUAUCUUCAUUGCUGUAAGAAGAAUCAAAUAAUCAGAUUAGCUAAGGCCAUGCAAACUAAGCUGAAUCCCUUGAUUGUGUUUACUACCAACUAAAACAAAAAGACAAGCUCCUUCUCACACUGGGCUGGACUCAGUCUGGGGUAGAUGGCCCCCUCCUCCUGCUCCUCUCGCCCCAGGCCGUAUGGAGGAGCUUUAAUGGCUGCUGUUGUUUCACACUAAGAGCCAAUCUGGCUGUGCUCCUGGAGCCAUCAGACGGGCUGUUAGCACACAAACAACAGCAUCACUCCAGCUAUCAGCUGCAGUAAAAACAGUGUGGGACCUCCUGUGGUUCAGGAUGAUCCUAGCCCCCCCACAUCCUUGUUGAUGCUGGUGCAGAUUAGACUGUCGGCAUGCGAGGAGACUGUUUGUCACAAGCUCUGGCUAAGAUCGGGCUCCGGGGCAGAAUUUCUCGGAUUUUUGACAGGCGUCGUGUCGCCUCCCUCUGUUCUAUACAACAGAAGAGAGGAGCUGCCGUCUGGAUGGAGCCCAGGCAAUGCCAGGGAGGACAAAAGAAAGACAAGAUUUUUUUGUGUAUGUUAAUUCUUUUCCCUCUUCUUUUUUCAGUCCUGCCGUCUGCUUCUCUGUCCCCCUGUUUCCCUCCAGAGCUUCACCCCACAGUGUUCCCUUCCCGAAAGUCAACCGUUACUGGAUCUUCCCCGGAUGGUUCCUGUUGACUUCGACUGAAGAGCCUCUCCGUCACUUCUCAUCACUUUACCCCACACAGGGAUUUACAUUAGCCAAUCUGAUGAAAGGAUGCUGCAGAGACCUGCCGAGGGACUGAGCCCCACCUGAUAACCCCCACCCCCACCCCGCCCCUCCCCUCGUCCUCUUCCCGACCCCUGACCCUCAGAGCCCUCAGUGCCGCUGUCCCAUCAUGAACCUUCUUUGCCGCGGGCGCCUAAAGCUGCUGGCGGCGUCACUCACAGCCAUCGUCCUGCUCACCUGGCUCUACCUUCUGGCUGGAAACCUGGAAAAUGGUCGUUCCCUUCUCCUGACUCCUUGCCUGGCGGAUACUCCAGCUGCCCAGGUCCUAGAGCGGGCCGUCCUCGAGUCGCGGGUUCGGGAGGUGGAGGAGGAGAACCGACAGAUCCGCCUGCAGCUCAGCCAAUCGCAGGGUAUGGCUGGCCAGGCAGCGGAUGGUAACUAUGGCAACCAGCAGUGGGGUGCGUCUGCAGACACGGGGCCCGAGGAUGGCGACAACACGGCCGAGGAGAAGAACAACCACACGGGGUGUCCCCGCUCACCCACCGUCCAGAAGUGUGAGCUGAUCCAUGUAGCGUGCGUUUGUGCCGGUCAUAACGCCAGCAGAGAUGUGGUCACACUGGUCAAGUCGGUCCUCUUUCACAGGAGAAAUCCUCUUCACUUUCAUUUUAUCACUGACACAGUAGCAAAUCGAAUCCUGAGUUCUCUGUUCCAGUCCUGGAUGGUUCCAUCUGUGCAAGUCAGCUUCUACGAUGCAGAUGAACUCAAGUCCGAAGUGUCGUGGAUACCCAACAAACACUACUCAGGUAUUUACGGCUUGAUGAAGCUGACGCUAACCAAAGCUUUGCCCUCCGACCUGUCGAAGGUCAUCGUCCUGGACACAGACAUCACCUUCGCUACGGACAUCGCUGAACUCUGGGGCAUUUUUAGGAAGUUUACUGAUAAGCAGGUGAUUGGUCUGGUGGAGAAUCAAAGUGACUGGUACUUGGGCAACUUAUGGAAAAACCACAAACCGUGGCCUGCGCUGGGAAGAGGCUUCAACACAGGCGUCAUUCUUCUGUACUUGGAGAGACUGCGGCGAAUCGGUUGGGAGCAGAUGUGGAGGCUGACGGCAGAGAGGGAACUUAUGAGCAUGCUCAGUACAUCACUCGCUGAUCAGGACAUAUUCAACGCCUUCAUAAAGCAGAACCCAGUCCUGGUGCACCAGCUUCCCUGCUUCUGGAACGUUCAGCUGUCUGAUCACACACGCUCCGAGCAGUGUUACACCGAGGUGUCUGACCUCAAGGUGAUCCACUGGAACUCUCCUAAGAAGCUCCGCGUCAAAAACAAACACGUGGAGUUCUUCAGGAACCUCUACCUGACCUUCUUGGAGUAUGAUGGAAACCUGCUGAGACGGGAACUGUUCGGUUGCCCGACGCAGGCCAGUCCAGAGAGCGUCAAGCUACAAAAGGCUCUGGAGGAGCUGGACGAGGACGAUCAGUGUUACGACUUCCGUCGAGAGCGACUGACAGUGCACCGAGUUCACCUGUAUUUCCUGCAGUAUGACUACACGCCCACUGAGGACAACACUGACAUCACUCUGGUGGCCCAGCUCUCCAUGGACAGGCUGCAGAUGCUGGAAGCCAUCUGUAAGCACUGGGAAGGCCCCAUCAGCCUAGCUCUCUACAUGUCUGACGCUGAGGCUCAGCAGUUCCUGCGUUACGCCCAGGCCUCCGAGGUCCUCAAGAACCGCAAGAAUGUGGGUUACCACAUUGUCUACAAGGAGGGCCAGUUCUACCCGGUCAACCUGGUGAGGAACGUGGCCCUGAAGAAUGCCAACACACCCUACGUGUUCCUGACUGACGUGGACUUCCUGCCAAUGUACGGUCUCUAUGAUUACCUGAGAAAGUCUGUGGUGCAGAUGGACAUGGCUCACACAAAGAAGGCUCUGGUGGUUCCAGCUUUCGAGACCCUUCGUUACCGUCUGUCCUUCCCCAAAUCCAAAGCCGAGCUGCUCUCCAUGCUGGACAUGGGGACUCUCUACACCUUCAGGUAUCAUGUGUGGCCAAAGGGUCACGCACCUACCAACUAUGCCAAAUGGCGAACGGCCACCACGCCCUAUAAGGUGGAGUGGGAGCCAGACUUUGAGCCGUACGUCGUGGUGAGAAGAGAAUGUCCUGAGUACGACCAGCGCUUUGUGGGCUUUGGCUGGAACAAGGUGUCCCAUAUCAUGGAGCUGGAUGCACAGGAGUAUGACUUGAUGGUCCUGCCGAAUGCUUUCAUGAUCCACAUGCCCCAUGCUCCCAGCUUCGACAUCUCUAAAUUUCGCUCCAGCUCCAGCUACCGCAACUGUCUGAACACCCUGAAGGAUGAGUUCCACCAGGAUCUGUCCAGGAAGUAUGGCUCUGCAGCUCUCAAGUACCUCACUGCCCAGAGAAACAUCUAGAAAGUAGACUUGUUAAGAGCAGCUCUGUCAGCCCUGCGAGCUCCAACGUGUACUGACGCUGGAGGGGCUUGGAGUGUAUCGAGUGUGGAUAUAAGCUUUACAGCCCUUUUGAGCAUCCCCGGGCUCCUGUGCAUUAAUUCUCCAGUCAACUGCAACUCGGAGUGACCGAGGACCGGACGCAGAGACAAAAACCAAAACAGGACAGCACAGCUGCGGAUUUGUAACGCGGGACUCUGACACGGCCGAAGGGGACAAUAGAUGAGAGUGGAAACUGAUGGGACUAGCUUUAAGGCGAGGAAACAACAACCAUAUUCUUACAAUUUGUUCUGACAAUCAGGGCUUUUUUCAAGCAGACACACAGUGAACCAGUCGAUCUCCACGGAUAUUUGGAUAUUUGGAUAUUUGGCACCUGGGGGAAAAACUUCCGACAUUAGGAAUCAUAUUUGGGAGGCACGUCGAACUGGAGAAAGAUUUAAGCCUUAUCACUUUCCUGAUAUUUACUAAGAUAUUUAAUAUUUUCUUUUCUUUUUUUUUUCUUCAGUGCAAAUCUGAACCAAUGAUAGUGAGCAUUUGCAUUUACAAUGUUUUGAUUAUGGCUUUACACAAAAAUCAGUUUUUUUUCUUUCUAUAUUUUCUGACCUCUUAUAAAGAAAUCCAUAGUGUCCUGGUCAAACGAUUUAAGUUUCUUCUGUGGGCUUCAGGGAUGUGCUGUGUGUGUGUG